AUGCAUCCUGUGUUGCUAUUGGUCGCUGCAGUGUUGGUGGGCGUGGCCAGAGGAGCGCACAGUCACUGCUGGGAGCCUCCUGGCUGUCAGGAGCUGAACUCUGACAGCAGCAUGAAGGAGUGCCUCCAGCUCUGUCACUCUGACUCACACAAGAUGACCAUGGUCCUCGCCAACGUCCACCUUCAGCCUCUUUCUUCAUCAGACCCACUUUAUGUUUUGACCUCCGUACCCUCGAUGUCACCUCAGGCCAAACGCUCCUACUCCAUGGAGCAUUUCCGCUGGGGGAAGCCUGCUGGGCGAAAGCGCCGCCCGAUCAAAGUCUUCACAGGGAGCAGUGGCGAGGAAGAGUCAGCUGAGCUUUUCCCUGGAGAGACAAGGAGACGGGAGCUCUCCAGGGAAACGACAGCUGCUGAGGACGAGGAGAAGGUGGCGAAGGAGGAGGAGGAGCAGCUUUCCAACGAGCUACACGAUAAAAAAGAUGCCCCGUACAAGAUGAAGCACUUCCGCUGGGGGGCCCCCAUGGCAAGCAAACGCUACGGAGGCUUCAUGAAGAGCUGGGACGAACGCAGCCAGAUGCCCCUGUUCACGCUCUUCAAGAACGUCAUCAACAAGGAAGAACAGGAGGAGAAGAGAGAGCAGUGA